GAGAAGCAGCGCCUUCAUUGUUGUUGGGUGGGCUUUGAGCUGCGCUUCAGCUGUCCUCGGUCUUCUUCUUCCUUUCAUACGCUUUCCUCCGAACACCUUGAGAACGAACGCCUUUCCCUGCUCUCCCCACUCCUCCUCCCCUCUCUGGAUCUCCUUCUCCCCUCCAUACGCGUGAUUGUUGUCUUCAGAAUGAGAUGAGGAGAAGAAGCGGAUCAGCGACGCAUCUCCUCUUCCUCCUCUUCCUCGUCUCGUUCGCGGCAUUUGCGGCGGUGAGAGCGGCUGCUUUCAGCCGCCAUGGCCUCACGGACGCCGAGGCCGGACUCAUCCGUAGGCGGCAGCUGCUGUACUACCUCGACGAGUACGGCGACCGCGGCGAGCGGGUGACGGUCGACCCGUCCUUCCACUUCGCCAACCCCGGUCUUCGCGCCGCCUACGUCGCCCUGCAGGCUUGGAAGCAGGCCAUCCUCUCCGAUCCCCACAACUUCACCGGCAACUGGGUCGGCCCCGACGUCUGCCACUACUACGGCGUCUACUGCGCCUCGCUCCCCUGCAACGGCUCCCUCACCGUCGUCGCCGGCAUCGACCUCAACCACGGCGACAUUGCCGGGUACCUACCCGAGGAGCUCGGUCUCUUGACCGAUCUAGCCCUCUUCCACAUCAACUCCAACCGCUUCUGCGGCACCGUCCCCCACAAGUUCCGCCAACUCACUCGUCUCUUCGAGAUCGACAUCAGCAACAACCGCUUCGCCGGCAAGUUCCCCGGGGUCCUCCUUGAGCUUCCGUCGCUGAAAUUCCUCGACAUCCGGUUCAACGAGUUCGAGGGCGGCGUCCCUCGCGAGCUGUUCGACAAGCCCCUCGACGCCAUCUUCAUCAACCACAACCGGUUCGCCUUCGACAUCCCUGACAACUUCGGCAACUCCCCUGUCUCCGUCAUCGUCCUCGCCAACAACCGCUUCCGCGGCUGCUUUCCGGCCAGCAUCGGCAAUAUGUCGAACACCUUGAACGAGAUCAUCCUCAUGAACAACGGGCUGCGGUCCUGCCUCCCGCCCGAGAUCGGCCUUCUCAAGAAGCUCACCGUGUUCGACGUCAGCUUCAACGAGCUGCUGGGGCCGCUGCCGGAGGAGAUCGGCGGCAUGGUCAGCCUCGAGCAGCUGGACGUCGCUCACAACCUGCUGUCAGGGUGCAUUCCAGAAUCCAUCUGCGAGCUCCCGCACCUGCAGAACUUCACCUUCUCCUACAACUUCUUCACCGGCGAGCCGCCGUCGUGCUUGAAGGUGCAGUCGUUCGACGACCGGAGAAACUGCCUGCCCGAGCGACCGUUGCAGCGGUCGGGCAAGCAGUGCGGGUCGUUCUUGUCGCACCCGGUGGACUGUAGUUCGUUCCGGUGCAAGCCGUUCGUGCGGGCGCUUCCGCCUCCGCCGUCUCCGCCCCCGCCGGUAUACUCUCCCCCGCCGCCACCACCUUCCCCGCCUCCGCCGUCUCCCCCGCCGCCGGUUUACUCUCCCCCACCGCCGCCACCUUCCCCGCCUCCACCAUCACCUCCACCUCCGUCACCACCUCCGCCAUCUCCGCCACCGCCGUCACCACCUCCUCCGCCUCCACCGUCCCCUCCACCUCCAUCUCCGCCACCCCCAUCCCCGCCUCCUCCAUCGCCGCCACCACCACCUCCACCAGUUUAUCCCCCUCCGCCACCACCGCCAUCUCCACCCCCGCCUCCACCAUGUACAGGACCACCGGAGACCUCACCACCUCCGCCAACACCUUACUACGAAGCUCCAUUGCCACCCGUCGUCGGAGUCACAUACGCCUCGCCUCCUCCCCCUCCUUUCUAUUAAUUCAUUCGUUGAUUGCUAGCCUCCUCCUCCUCCUCCUCCUCCAUUAUCGAG